CGCCAGCCCACCCCUUCCCGCCUCCCCUCUCCGGGCGCCGACAUCGUCUGCGAGUCGACCGGCAUCUUCACCGUGAUCGAGAAGGCGUCGUUGCACCUGAAGGGCGGCGCCAAGAAGGUGAUCAUCUCGGCGCCGUCGGCGGACGCGCCGAUGUUUGUCAUGGGCGUUAAACCACACGGUCGUACUCGGAAGGACAAUCAACAUUUCUGUCACAACCGUUCGCGCAAGGCCAACUUCGGGGUGCCGCUAGGUAGGGAUAUCCAUGAGGAGUACGGGAUAGUCAAGGGCAUGAUGACCGCCGGGCACGCGGCGACCGCCACCCAGAAGACGGUGGACGGCCCCUCGGGCAAGGUCUGGCGCGGCGGCCGCGGCGCGGGCCAGAACAUAAUCCCGUCCUCGACCGGCGCCGCCAAGGCCGUCGGCAAGGUGCUGCCGGACCUGAACGGCAAGCUGACCGGCAUGGCCUUCCGCGUGCCGACGCCCGACGUCUCCGUCGUCGACCUG